AGGCAGAUGAGCGGCCGCCUCUGUUUACCAUAAUAUCCCAGCAUGCAUCGCUCUCUUCCUUUUCCGCCAUCUUCUUCCCCUCUGGACGGUGACUCACCUGGAGAAGACUAACGAUGCCUGGAAGACUGUGGAGUAAGGCCAUCUUCACUGGCUACAAGCGCGGCUUGAGGAACCAGCGUGAGCACACGGCGCUCCUGAAGGUGGAGGGCUGCUACACAAGAGACGAGGUGGACUUUUACCUCGGCAAGCGCUGCGCCUACGUCUACAAAGCCAAGAAGAACACAGUGACGCCGGGCGGCAAACCCAACAAGACCCGUGUGAUCUGGGGGAAGGUGACCCGGGCCCACGGCAGCAGCGGGAUGGUCCGAGCCAAGUUCAGCAGCAACCUGCCGGCCAAAGCCAUCGGACACCGAAUCAGAGUGAUGCUGUAUCCUUCCCGAGUGUAAAGAGGAAACAUCUGCAGCAUCCGAUCUUGUUUGUACAGAAACAAUAAAACUGACAUCAGGUCCAAAGCC